AUGUCAGACUCGCAGGGAAACAAUAAAUCUACUCCAGAUGAUGCUACUUUAUUCGAAAGAUGGCGACAAAGGGCUGCAUGGAUAACAGGCUUGGGCCUUUCGCCUGAAGACGUCAAAAAAAGAGACGAAAUCGCUACUUUAAGGAGGUUGGAGAGCGAUUGGAAGACUUGUGAGAAGCGAAAACAUGAAUUAUUGCAUAAUAGUCCAGCGGUCACCUUUAUGGUGAACCAAUUAAAACUCAUAAACUGCAAUGUAACACCGGAACAUUUUCAAUGUCAACCAUGCUUCCGAGUAAACUCUGGAGGGUUCAGCCCAGAGUACGGAAUACUGCUGUGCCAAGACGGCUUCUUUAACAAGAAGCACAUGGAGGAUACAAUGGUACACGAGAUGAUACACAUGUACGACCACGCGAAAUUCAAGGUGGACUGGACCAAUCUCAAGCACCAAGCGUGCAGCGAGUCAUGUGUUCGGAUGAGAGCAGUGCUUUCUGUUUCAUCGCAUCCUGAAUGUCCCAGUCGCGAAGCUGCCGAGCAAGCCGUCAAUGAAGUCUGGGAUAGCUGCAUUAAAGAUACCCGGCCAUUCGACGAGGCAAGUGGACUAUUUCUACAAAACCGAGCCAGAACCCAAUCUAAUGUCGUCCUCAGAUUUAUUAAACCCGCCUCACCGCCAUUAGGCAAACACGUUGAAGCUGUUCCUUCCCCGCUCACUAAGUUAUAUCUUGCCAGGGAGUCUAGAGCGCCUACUAGCAUACUUUACUUGUACCAAGAAGGGUACAUACUCAUCGUACUGGCAUCUAAGAUUUGCAAACAAAGGGUCAGUCAUCCCCACAACGAUCUCAGUUCGGUUCUUACUUUUCGUAUUCGUGCCUAUAAAAUCGGGGUGAGACAAGUUUCAGGGGAGACAAAGCUUAAAAUACAUACUUUUCAUGCUCACAUUCCCAAGGUAAGAACAUGUUUUGCCUCCUACACUUGUUCAACGGUAUCAACAGCCUAUCCGAACGGUGAUGUUAGAAAUUGCGUAAUAAAUCUGGGACCAAUACGGACGCGGAGCAGUGAUCUCUCAUUGAGACUGGCAAGUGAGCUUUCUUCGCCUCUUCCACAGGAGCGGUCGUUGAAGAAGGUGAAGACAUGGCAGAAAUUCGUCGAGGUGGUUUCAGUAGAAGGAACCGUAAAGGCGAUACCAAAGGGCGUAUGCGCCGGAGAUCUCCACUCACCAACGCCAAGAAGGCGGCUACAGACCCAGUCACCUUCUCGGAUCCCAAUCGUGGGCAGAUAUAAGCUGGUGCCCACCAAAGCAGUGGAACACAGGACACAAAAGAGAGUGUCCCUGUAUAACGCGGGUGGAACUAUUCACCGUACAAUUUGGGCUGGUGGCGGGAUACCGCAGAAUACCGAUGCGAAUAUAAUGGGCUGA